AUGCCUCGUCCGGGCAAGGGCUCCUACAGCGACCAGAAGCCGCCCUACUCCUACAUCUCUCUGACGGCGAUGGCCAUCCAGCAGUCGAGCGAGAAGAUGCUCCCUCUGAGCGAGAUCUACCGCUUCAUCACGGAGCGCUUCCCUUACUACCGGGAGCACACCCAGCGCUGGCAGAACUCCCUCCGCCACAACCUCUCCUUCAACGACUGCUUCAUCAAGAUCCCCCGCAGGCCCGACCAGCCGGGCAAGGGCAGCUUCUGGGCCCUCCACCCGGACUGCGGGGACAUGUUCGAGAACGGCAGCUUCCUCCGACGGCGCAAGCGCUUCAAGGUGCCCCGCGCCCUCGGAGCCCCCGGAGCCCUCCUCGGGGCCAAGGCCUCCUCCUCCUCCCUCCAACCUCCCCUGGGGCACUACUUCCACCCCCACCAGCCCCCGCCCAGGCCUCCUUCCCCCGCCAAAGGGGCCGCCGCCGCCGUGGGCCGCCUGGGACACUUCCAGCCCUACAGCAGCAGCCUCCCCUCCGGCCCCGGGUUCAAGCACCCCUUCGCCAUCGAGAACCUGAUCGGGCGCGACUACAAGGGGGUGAUCCAGGGGGCGGCGGCGGGGCUGCCCUUGGCCUCGGUCAUGCACCACCUGGGAUACCACCCGGCGGGGCCCGGGCAGCAGCUCCUCUGGCCCCACUGCCUCGCCCCGAUGGAGCCCGGAGGAGGAGGAGGAGGAGGAGCAGGCGGUGGAGGAGGGCUGGCCCUGGCCCCGGGCGACUUCGGGCCCUUCGGCAUCCCCGUCAAGGCCCUCUGCCCCGCCAGUGCCCAGGCCCUGCCCGCCGUGCCCCUGCCCAUCAAGGCCAGCCCCACCGCCGCCGCCCUCUCGGCCCUGGCCGCCUCCCAGCAGCAGCAGCACCACCUCUGCCCCGCCGCCACUGCCGCCGCCUCCUCGCCCUCGGCCCUCCUGGAAGCCGCCCAGCAGCAGGGCAAAGCCAGCGCCCUCCGCCCGGCCCUGGUCCUCUCCUAG